UCGACUUGGAAGGCGGUCUCUAGUCUAUCGUCAGUGUGAAUCUGGAUUACAUGCCGCAGGACAGUCUGCGUUACCUCAGGAGGAUGCAUAUUUUACCCUGGGUUGGAAUUGCUUUACGUUGUCACUCUGCUAAUUGCCGUAUUGAUUCGAGCAUAAAGGGGCUGUCUUAAUAACAGAAAGGCAUUCUACCAGUGGAGCGCUUCACCCUGCCAGACUGGACAGUCUCGCUCCGGGCAUUUCAGAACGCACGCUCUCCUCGCUUUAAUUCCUGCUCCAAUACGUUUAUUAUUAUUAUUUUUGACUCUGGGAUAUGCAAAUACGAGGAAUAGAAACUGCUUUUAUUCGACUUUUGCUGAAGUUGCUUUUGGCACAAGUGAAACUAUGAAGAAAUGGAUCUCGUGAUACUUCUUGGAGCGAUCUUUUCUAUUUGGUUACAUCCUUGCACUGGAUCCAAGCUCUUUAGUGCAGAGGAUUUUUAUGAGCCUCGAGGACAGAGGGUUUGUCGGAGGGGCACCGAGAGGCCCUGCUAUAAAAUCGCCUAUUUCCAGGACGCGUCUCGGAAGCUGAACUUCGAGGAGGCGAGCGGAGCGUGCCGGAGCGAUGGGGGAGAGCUGCUGAGCAUCGAGUCUGAGAACGAACAGAAACUCGUCGAGAAUUUCAUCCAGGAACUAAGAGCCUCCGACGGGGACUUCUGGAUUGGCUUGCGAAGGAAGCAGGGCUACCAGGACUCCACCGCCGACUGCCCCGGGAAAUACCACUGGCUGGACGGCAGCAAAGCCACGUUCAGGAAGUGGCACUGGGAUGAACCGUCCUGUGGUAAUGAAGUGUGUGUGGUGAUGUAUCACCAGCCGUCGGCCCCCCCAGGGAUCGGAGGCCUCUACAUGUUCCAGUGGAACGAUGACAACUGUGACACCAGAAACAAUUUCAUCUGCAAGUACUCUCAAGAAAAAGCCGCCUCCUCUACAUCAGCUGGGUCCUCUGCGCACACAGACGCCCCGGCAGUAUCUCUAGGACCAAAGCACCCGGCUGUCACCGUGGAGGGGGGUAAAGACAGCGUGCUGGUCACUGACUCGAAAGGCAAUGUCUUAAAUAUCGCUUACAUCAUCAUACCUACCAUCCCACUGCUAUUACUGCUCGUGGUCACAACAGGCGUGUUUUGCUUCAAGCUUUUUGCAAGAAGGAAGGAGAGGACUGAGACCAGUAAGAAGGAGCCCCAUUUCUGGAUGUCUCCGAACAGAUGCAGCAGCCCCAGCCUGGAGGUUUACAGCGUGAUCCAGAAGCAGCGCCCUGCGGACCUCGAGGGGACGAGACCCGACAUCAAGAACACUUCAUUCCGAGCCUCCUCGGGGCACGACCUGUCAGGUGACUACGACAACAUGAGCGCCAGCAACUCGGAGCGCGGCGAGAGCGGCUUCGUCAACAACGACAUUUACGAGACGAGCAGCAGCGGCAGAAAGGAGUCCGGCUGGGUCGACAACGACAUCUAUGGCUACUGAGAGAGAGAGAGAGAGAGAGAGAGAGAGAGAGAGAGAGAGAGAGAGAGAGAGGGAGAGAGAGAGAGAGAGAGAGAGAGAGAGAGAGAGAGAGAGAGAGAGAGAGAGAGAGAGAGAGAGAGACUGGGGGAGAACGUGAGAGGGCUCACGCCGCUAGUGCGCUUGCUGUCUUUGUGAAAUGGGCAUGCGUUUGCUGUUAGAAAUAAUAUGCCACCAUGAAGCUAAUAAAACUGUACAGAAAAAAAACACACAACUCACAUUUAAUGCUGCAUAUAAAAACUGGCUUUAUAAAACAUAUCGUAAGCAUUUCCAUAGAGCCUGCCAUGCAUUUCCACAGAGCCUGUCAUGCAUUUCCACAGAGCCUGUCAUGCACUUCCACAGAGCCUGUCAUGCAUUUCCACAGAGCCUGUCAUGCAUUUCCAUAGAGCCUGUCAUGCAUUUCCAUAGAGCCUGUCAUGCAUUUCCACAGAGCCUGUCAUGCAUUUCCAUAGACCCUGCCAUGCAUUUCCACAGAGCCUGUCAUGCAUUUCCACAGAGCCUGUCAUGCAUUUCCAUAGAGCCUGUCAUGCAUUUCCACAGAGUCUGUCAUGCAUUUCCAUAGAGCCUGUCUCCAGGAGAACCUGUCAUGCAUUUCCACAGAGCCUGUCAUGCAUUUCAAUAGAGCCUGUCUCCAGGAGAGCCUGUCAUGCAUUUCCACAGAGCCUGUCUCCAGGAGAGCCUGUCAUGCAUUUCCACAGAGCCUGUCUCCAGGAGAGCCUGUCAUGCAUUUCCAUAGACCCUGUCAUGUUGUCUUUCAUUGGCUCGGGGGCUCAUCGUCUCUCAGAGUGAUGUUAUUCUGCACUGUAGUUGCUGUAUUAAUGUCAGGGCAUUAUAAAUGAACAGUGUCAGGAACGUCAGAGUGCAGUACCACACGUGUACCAUACAAAGGAAAGCAGUGAAAGGGAUUGCAAAGCAAAGCACUGAACUUCAGCAACACAGGAUUCCAAAAGCAGAUCUUCCCCGGCUUUCUCACUCCUGCCAAAGUAAUCCCACGGGUUUAAAAAGACAUGAGGGGAGUGAUUGGGUUUGCUACAGUUAAUGAUGUCAACUCUGCAAAUGCCAUUUAAACAUAACAUUAGGAGGUUCAAACAUUAGGAGGUUUUAUUUCAAGCGUUGGUCUGUGGCUGCGAAUCUGUGAAGCCGAGUUGAAAGGUCGAAAUAUCACAUGAUUUCUGAGGAACCAGGAAGAAUAAAAAAAACUGUAGUGGAAGCAAGCGAGCAGGAUGGCAGCCGGUUAGACUGAGCAGAGAAGAACUAUCUGAUGAGAACAAGUAUGAAUAGUGAAGAAACAGACCCUGGCGCCAUUCACAAAGAGAGCAAACAUUAUCGAAACGGGGGGUUUGUGUAAAACAAGAACAUUGCAUGUGCAGCUGGAAUGGGAGGCUCGUUUGGAUAAUCACACUGUUCCAAUAAAAUACAUUACAAAUGAUCGAGUGUAAAACAGUGCUCCCGCUAACAAUAAGAAACACACAGAGCCUGGUACUGACUUAACAUCACUAUGAAUUCAACUUAAUAACAUUCACCUCUCAAAAUAAACAAGGCUUAACAGGUUAAAAUCGAUCAAAGAUAAUAAUAAUAAAUAAAGCACGACCUAUAGACCUAUCUUUUGUAAAAGCUGUAAAAACUAAAAAAUUGAAUUAAAAAACCAUUGAAAAUGUAUGACGUUAUUUUAGACUCGCUGCUCUAGCUUAAUGAAACAUGCAUGUUCCACUGCGAGCAGAGAGCUGUCCUGUGACACUGCAAUACACGACACGCACACUAGAGGGCAGUGUUGAGCUGCGGAUCACGGAUCACGAUCGUAUCCUUGACUCUUAGAAGAAUGUUUACAAUCAAGGACGAAACUGGGGGUUUCUUUUAAUUGUCCGUUUGGCUUCCUGCCCCAAGCUGUAAUAAACCUGCCCAAUUACCACACUCAAGCACGUAGCAAGCAAACUGAGCGCCAGUCUAAGCUGCGUAACCUACUCCUAGUUUAACUUGAAUGUAAUAUUAUAUGAGAGAAUGCGUGUCCGCACAAUUAUGACACCAUGUGAAAGCUUUGUAUUCAUUUGUAAUGAUAUUGCAAAGGUGCAGUGCAAUAAACAAACUGGCAAGGCAACAGCGUCUGCUGUCUAUUUUCUUAGUGUAAAAUGCCAUUCAGGAUCACUACAGCUGUAAUAAAUGAAGGAGGAUGUGAUUUGUCAUGUAAUAUAAAACCUGUUUUGCAUUUUUAAUGUCCAGUCUAUAUAGGUUUGAAGGGGCUGAGCAGCGGCAGCACACACAGCUUAGCUUGGUGGCAGACAGAUUCGUAUAACUGAGCUGGCACGUAGCUGUACGAAGUUAAAACGGCUUACAAAUGCAUACUCACCUGCCCUGCCCCCC